CCGGGCCCGCCCCGCCCCGCCGGGCGCUGCGGGAGGCGGGGCGGGAGCCCCCGAGUCCCGCGGCUGAAAUAGGGGCAGGGCCCGGCGCGCUCCUAGCCCAGGUGGCCGCCGCCCGCCCCGUCCCGCUGCUCCGCGCCGCCUGCGAGUCCAUUUUGAGGCAUUUGAAGAACUCAGAACAUAGGGGAGCAGCGGGCAGCUGGCAAGUGUGUUCUCUUUCAGCUUUCAGCUUAACUGAAAUCUGCAAAAAUUCUCUGCUGCAAGAAAAGAGGGGCAAUGUCAUCAGAUGAUGAUGCUGGCGGGGAUACUCCUGGGGGCAGUUUCUGGGAGGCUGGAAACUACAGGCGGACAGUGAAGCGUGUGGAUGAUGGGUACCGGCUCUGCAAUGACUUAAUCUCCUGCUUCCAGGAGCGAGCCAAGAUAGAGAAGAACUAUGCCCAGCAGCUAACAGAGUGGUCCCGCAAGUGGAGGACCAAUGUGGAGAAGGGUCCACAAUAUGGCACUCUAGAGAAGGCCUGGCAUGCCUUCCUGACAGCUGCAGACAAGCUGAGUGAAAUUCACUUAGAUGUCCGGAACCACCUGGCUGGUGAAGACUCAGAGAAGAUCAAGGCCUGGCAGAAGGAGGCCUACCACAAGCAGAUGAUUGGGGGCUUCAAGGAGACUAAGGAGGCAGAGGAUGGGUUCCGCAAGGCCCAGAAACCUUGGGUGAAAAAGCUGAAAGAUGUGGAGACUUCUAAGAAAAACUAUCAUGCAGCUCGGAAGGAGGAAAAGACAGCCCAUACAAGGGAGAAUCAUGCCAAGGCAGACUCCUCUGUCUCACAGGAACAGCUGCGCAAGCUGCAGGACCGUGUAGAGAAGUGCACUCAGGAGGUUGAGAAGUGCAAGGAUCAAUAUGAGAAGAUGCUGGAAGAGCUGAACCGCUACAAUCCCCGCUACAUGGAGGAUAUGGAGCAAGUGUUUGAGGGCUGCCAGGAAGCAGAGCGCAAGCGACUGUGCUUCUUUAAGGAGAUGUUCCUGAAUCUGCACCAGCAUCUGAACCUCUCUACCAGUGAAAGCUUCCACGCAUUGUAUCGAGAUCUCUACCAAGUCAUCAUGGCUGCAGACAACCAGGAGGACCUGAAGUGGUGGCGCAACACUCAUGGGCCAGGCAUGGCGAUGAAUUGGCCUCAGUUUGAGGAAUGGUCUCUUGAAACACAGCGGCCAAUCACCAAGAAGGAGAAGAGUGGUAAGAUGGCUGACGAUGUGAUGCUGACCAGCAUUUUGCCUGCGCGGGAUGGUGUUGUCUCACAGACCCCUUUGCAGACAAGGCGAGGGUUUUCCUAUCAAGAGGAGCAGAACAGCAUCUUCUAUGACAGCCUGAGGGCAUCAGCCCAUGUGAACGGAGGGAAGGAAGACAUUUCGGAGUGGUCAGAUGAGGACACUCCCAAGAAGUGCCUGGAUACCAACGGGCAUGAGGAGGACAUAAAGGUACCAGGUGUACGGGUACGAGCGCUGUAUGAUUACACAGGACAGGAGGCUGAUGAGCUGAGCUUUAAAGCAGGUGAAGAACUAAUGAAGAUCAGUGAGGAAGAUGAGCAGGGCUGGUGCAAGGGCCGACUUCUCACUGGCCAGGUUGGACUCUAUCCUGCUAACUAUGUUGAGAAGGUUGGAUCAUGAUUGCUACUGCUCUGUUAGCAUCUCACACCCAUAUCAGCAUCUCCUGCUGAAGUCACUGGGUCACUGCUGGCCCCAAUCCACUUUUGCAGUACGUGCAGCAACUUCUGGACUCUGACUGAGGGCACGUAUUUCAUGUAACCAAUGCUUCAUUUUAAAUGCCUAGACCUGUAGGGCUUUUCUAAUAAAUAAACAAGGAUGAGUAAAGA